AUGGCUGAUGAGAAUUAUAAAAUGGUGCUGCCACUUCGGAAAACAUAUGUGUCCAGCUGCCGAGCUGCCACUCAGAGCACACCAGAGCAAGGCAACGUCCCCCCUCACCACCUCACCCACCACCGCCGCCAUCACCGCCCCCUCCCGCACCUUCGCCACCACGCUCGCCCGCACCACCUCCACCACCAGGAGGCGGGGCUGCACGCCGCCCAGGUGACGCCCUGCAUGUGCCCCCUGUUCUCCUGCCAGUGGGAAGGCCACCUGGAGGUGGUGGUGCCCCACCUGCGGCAGAUGCACAGGGUUGACAUCCUUCAGGGAGCGGAGAUCGUCUUCCUGGCCACGGACAUGCACCUCCCCGCACCAGCCGACUGGAUCAUCAUGCACUCCUGCCUGGGCCACCACUUUCUGCUGGUGCUUCGGAAACAGGAGAGGCAUGAAGGGCACCCGCAGUUCUUUGCCACCAUGAUGCUGAUCGGGACCCCCACCCAGGCCGACUGCUUCACCUAUCGCCUGGAGCUCAACAGAAACCAUCGGCGUCUCAAAUGGGAGGCCACGCCCCGGUCUGUUCUCGAGUGCGUGGACUCGGUGAUCACCGACGGGGACUGCCUCGUCCUCAACACCUCGCUGGCCCAGCUCUUCUCUGACAACGGCAGCCUGGCCAUCGGGAUCGCCAUCACUGCCACGGAGGUCUGCUCCUCAGAAGCCGAGAUGUGAAGCCAGAGGCCACCGGACGUUGGGGCGCAGCCACCCUGCACCCAGACGCUCUGCCUGUGUCCCUGGGAAUCUCCGAAUGCCAGGACCCCAGGCUUCUUUUUAUUCUUCUCCCUCCUUCCCUCCUUCCUUCCUUUCUUU